AUGCUGCCUAUGCUAAUGAUCCCUUCAGAGAAGAGCGCAGAGAAGCGAAAAUUGUAUAGUGUUGUAGCAAAUAGAGUGUAUCCCUUUGAGUUGACGAUGCUUAACAAAAAGAGAUGUUGUGGCUCAAGCUAUGGAUGGCUUGCAACAGUGGAUGCAGAUAAUAUCAUAACAUGGGUGAAUCCUUUUAAAGAUGUAGCUCCUAUUAUUUUACCAUGGAUUGAUAUUUAUAUGCAAUAUAAAGACUGCGAAUUUAACAUUCAUAAGGUUACUUUGUCUGUGGACCCUAUUACAAGUCCAGAUGAUUAUGUUGUUGCAGCAAUUUAUACUAAUCGUGGUGUUUAG